AUGGCUGAACCACUAGAAAAGUUCCGGCCCGGGUCCAAAGCACUCGCGUACCAUGGCCCUUUGGUGUACGAGGCCAAGGUGCUCAAAAUCCACGAGGAGGGCAGUUCGGUAGUGGAUAUCGGCGACGGCAAAACGGAGCCUCUACUGGCCAACAAGAUCCCGGCCUUUCUCCGCGAGAAAGACGCCUAUUUCUUGCACUACAAGGGUUGGAGCUCCAAAUGGGACGAGUGGGUGUCGAGCGAGCGGAUCAUGGAGUUCAACGACGACAACUUGGGCCUUUCCAGAGAGCUCCGGAAUGCCCGGAAAAAGACCAUUGAAAGAUUGGACUCGGGCCGAGAGAACGACAACGAGGAGGCGGCAAACGCAAGCAAGAAGCGGAAAAAGCCUGCGAAGGCGUCGACUCCACAGCCGGCCGGAAAGACGAACGGGCUGAGCAGACGGAAGAAGCCAGAAACGAAGGCUACGUACGAGGUGUUGUUGCCCAUUCGGCCCAGAUUGAAGUGUAUAUUGGUAGACGAUUGGGAGAUCAUCACUCGCGACAGAAGACUUGUUGAUUUCGAGUCGACAACGGCGGUCAGCAAGAUCCUUCAGGCGUAUCUCAAGCACAAGCUGCAGACCGUGAGCGAAGAGGACUACGAGAUCGCGAAAGAGGUUGCGUUUGGGCUUCGAACGUACUUCGAUGAGUCGUUCAGUUUGCGCCUCUUGUAUCGUUUUGAGCGGCUACAAUACGUCGAGGAACUCAACCGCCGAGGAGCGUUCAACGCCUCGGACAUAUAUGGUGUAGAGCAUCUACUACGGCUUUUAGUGAGUCUUCCUGGUUUGACAGCCCAAACGGCAAUGAACUCCAUCAGUCUCAACGUUCUAUUCAAGCAUAUGGAGGAUCUACUGGACUUCUUGGAUGACAACAUAGAGUCGUUCUCCAGUGUAUACUGCAACGUCACUCCUCAGUACGACCGUCUAUCACGAACACAAUAA